AUGUUAUACAUAGUGUAUGGAGGAAAAGAUGAAUCAACAGAUGACGAAGAAGAAGAAGAAAAAGAAGAAAGAAUAAAGGAAAUAAAAGAAGGAGAAGAAGAAGAAGAACAACAAGAAGAGGAGGAGGGGGAGGAGGAGGAGGAAGAAGAAGAGGAGGAAGAAGAAGAAGAAGAAAUAGAUGAUGAAUAUUAUAGGAUAAAAGUUGCAGACUUUGGCUUAGCUAAGAAUUUAAAUUCUUCUUUCUUUGCUACCACCAUGUAA